AUGCCACGAACAUCGAAAACCUUACGAUCUUCCUUUAGAUCUGAUCCCGUUUACCCAUCAGCAAAUUUGGAAGAAAGAAAUUCAAGCUCUAAACUUAGCUCGAAACUGAGACUUGCACCGCGAUCAAUUCAUCAGUUCAAAAUUGGGCCUCCAUUUGGCGCUACUAAAAGUGUAACGCCAUUACUCCUCAAGUCUGACCAUCAAAAAGAAGUUUAUCCAAGAAUACAUGCAAGGAUUGACAGAGGGUUUGAUGAAAUUAACCAUGAGUGGAUAGGCUAUAAACGAAAUUAUUUUUCGGUAGUGGCAUGUUUUGAUUUUGAACACUGCGGGACAAAGAAAUCAAUCUUUCAAGAGCACGGUUUCUGCAUAGAGUUUGAAGGUGAAAAGAGAGUGGUUAAACAAUUAGCACUUAGAUUGGCUGGAAAGUAUGCCGAUAAUAAGCACGGAGAGGAAGUAAAGCUCGUGCAACAUACUACAAAGAGGGAUAAAGGUCCUGUGUCGGAGCCGCCUAUUAUUCCGGCGAUCUCGGGGAACUUACCAAGCCACCUCCUAAUCAAACAAAGCGCCAACUUGCGUAAACAGUCGAGGCUCCAAGAACUAAAGCACUUGUAUGAGUAUACACCAAACGCCAUACCUGUUAAAACAGCUGAUUCAAUUCUUAGAUCAUAUGACAAAGACAAGUCCUUGGUAAAAGUUGCAAAGUACGAUAGACUUCAAUUUACAUCCUAUACACCUUCCAACCUUUAUUCUUCACCAGCUAAGGACACCAAUUACAUUCUGGGUAAAAAUUGUGGUAAAUUUAUCUUACAAGUUCAAUUACUUGCUGAAUUGCAAAACGACAAUACUACAAUUAUAGACCCGGUAGCUACAUACGCGGUAAUUGCUGUAGCAAACACCACUCCUUUUCAAAUUAGGAAUAGAAGUUUUUCUAAAUUUGAUGAAGGUGUUUCACAUAUCCAUUAUGAUAGUAAUAUCAAUGGUGACAAUGAUAGUAAAGAUGAUAGCGGGGUUUCCCAUAACAAUGGCACAGAAAGGAAAAUGAAGGGCUCUCCAUUGAAACGGAUAUCCACAAACCUAUUGAGCAACACAAUCUCCGAUAACGAUGAUCAAACUUUGAUUCUUAACAGUUCAUUGAUGUUGGAGGUUCAAGAAGAUAAGAAUGUAAUGGACUCGAGCACCCCUAAGAAACUCACCAAAAGAAACUCAUAUGAAUCGCUGGGGGUUGAACUAAAAUUUGAAAAAGUGCAAGGAGAAAAUCUAGAGUUGGAACUUGAAUUUUUCACCGAGUACAACCAUACAAAUUCCAUGCACUUUGAGCAUCACCCUUCUACAAAUAGUUCAGAGACUGAGACUGAGAUGGAAUCAAAGUUGGAGCCGCUUGAAGCUAACUAUUACUUGUCUAAAUUUCCAUUAGGUUCUUGCUCAUCUCCUUGUUCAAGUGGAACAUUUGCUUCCGGUUUUUACAACCAAAUAUUUGAUUCAGACCUUUCACAAAUUGACACCUACACGAUUCCUUCCUCACCUCAAGGAAGUAUUAGCAAAGGUUACUACUACUACAACAGCAGCAGCAGCAGCAGCAACGACCAUUGUAAAAAUAAGGAUAAUAAUGAUAAUAACAGUAAUGAAAAUAAUAAAAAUAUUAACACUAAUGAUGAUGAUGAUGAUGAUUGCUACAACAAAGAAUACGACUUAAAUUGCAUUACACCAGAAAGAUUUUCUGAAUUCUGUACGUACCAUUAA